GCAGUGCUCUCGCCGCCACUCCAUCUCCCAGCCCCUCCCCGUCUUCCUCUUCUUCUCUCUUCUUCUCUCUCUCUCGCUCUGCCCUUCCCCAUAGCCCCGCCGCCGCACCUCGCACAAUCCUCCCGUCUUGCCCAUACGUGUUCAGCCUCUCGCGCUGUCACCCGUUGACGCUCGUCUGCCUCCCCCUUUCGGCCAAGGCAAAGCCGGAGCAUGACCACCACUCCUGGCCCUUCUGUGGGCGACAUUUGCCCGGUGCGGGGCUCCAUCGCCUCGGCGGUGGCGCACUUUACCAGCCCCCAAAUCCAGUGGACCGAUGCCCUCCUGGCGAACAUCACUUAUGGCACAGCCGGGUUCCGUCGCACGGCGGACCCGGUGCUGGAGUCGAUUGCGACCAAAGUUGGUGUGGCGGCCGCCUUGCGAUCGUUCGCCGCCGGCGGUGCCGCGGUCGGUGUCAUGAUCACCGCCUCGCACAAUCCCCCCCAGGACAAUGGCCUGAAGAUCAUUGACACGCAGGGUCAAAUGCUGGAGGCUGCCUGGGAGCCGGUGCUCGGCCAGGCCGCGCGUCUGGCCGAUGCCCUCGCCGUGGCGGACUCCCUCCUGUCGCUGGUGGACCAGGCUACGAUCGAGCGCCUCCGGCAGGCGCAUGCCGCCCCCCCGGGCCAGCCCCUGGCCCGGGUGCUGGUCGGGGUCGACAAUCGCCCCUCCUGCCCCGGGCUCAAAGCCGCCCUGCUGGCCGGGGCGCGAAGCAUCCUCCCCCCGGGCAAGGGCGUGGAGCUGCUCGACAUGCGGUCGGUCACCACGCCGGCGGUCCAUUGGGCCGUGGCCCGGGCCAACGGCCUGGACCCGCUCGCGGACCGCGAGGCCACCCUCACCCCGGCCACAUACUACGCUGGGUUCCAGCGGCAUUUCGAUGCCUUCCUGGCGGCCACGCGCGAUGUGCUCCGGCAUCUUGGUGUCGAGGGGCCCGCCCGUCCGGUGUCGAGCCCCACACCCUGCCCGGUCUUCGUCGACCAUGCGAACGGCGUCGGGGCCACUGUCCUCGAGAGCAUGCACCUGGCGCCGGGCUUCUGCCAGAUCUACAAUGAUCCGCUGCCGGCCGAGCAGCGCGGCAGCGUCGUCAAUGCCGGCUGCGGCGCGGACUUCGUCAAAUCCAAGCGCCUUCCACCCGGGCGAGGGUCCUUCGCCGGCCUGCCACCUGCCCUGCGGAUUGCCUCUCUCGAUGGUGAUGGCGACCGACUGAUCUACUCCUCCUUGAGCACCACCACCCGGGCAUUCGACAUCCUGGAUGGCGAUCGCAUUGCCGUGCUUCUCCUCCGGCUAAUGCGGUCGCUGAUCGCGGUGGUGGUGCACCUUCGCCCGGAGGUGGCAGCCUCGCUGCGCCUGGGGUUCGUGCAAACGCGCUAUGCCAAUGGCGCGUCGACCAAGUACACGCGCGAGGUCUUGGGGGUGGAAACGCUGUUCGCCAACUCCGGCGUCAAGAACCUCCACGCGCUGGCCGAGCGGCACUUCGAUGUUGGGGUCUACUUCGAGGCCAACGGCCAUGGGACGGUGCUUUUCUCGCCGGCAGCCUGUCGGGCCCUGCUUGAUUUGGCCGCCACUCCGGCCGACCAGGCCCCCCUCCACCAUGCGGCCCGGGCGCUGCUCUCUUUCAGCCGGCUGUUCAACCAGUUCACCGGCGAUGGGAUUGGUCUGAUUUAUGCGGUCGAGGCGGCCCUCCGGGCGCAGGAGGCAUGGCGCGCGCUGGCCACAUGCCUGCCGGCCGGCCAGGGCAUUCCUCCUGGGACUGAGCUUGCCAGCGAUCUGGAUGUCGAGCUCCGCCGCUGGAUCGACCUCUAUCGGGAUUGGCCCUCGCACUUGCAGAGCCUCAAGCUCGACCGCACGAAGUUCCUCACCUCCCCGGAUCAGGAGGAUGUGCUGUGCCAGCCGACCGAGGUGGCCCAGGCCCUGGCGGCUGAGGUGGCCCGACUCAAUGGCCUCAAGACCCGGUGCGGGCUGCCGCUGGUGGCGCGGGCCUUCGUCCGGCCCAGUGGCACGGAGGACAUCGUCCGGCUGUUCACCGAAGUCGGCACCGCUGAUGGCACUGUCACCGGCGAUCUGGCAGACAUUUGCCACGACGCGGCCACUGACCUGGCGCGCAUCAUCGAGGCCACUUUCCGUGGGCUCUUUCUCGGCUAGCUAGGGCUCGCUGGCCCUGAGGCGGCGUAGUCCGUGUGCACAGGGGCCCGGGCGCGG